AUGUUUCUACAAAAGGCUGAGAAUGGGUAUCUUUCAGAUGGUACUGCAAGUGAGAGAAGUGAUGAUGGUGCAAGUGAUGAUAAGGAUGCUGAAAGUGAUGGUGAUGAUGCUGAAAGUGAUGGUUGUGAUCCAAACUUUGGUGAGGUGGAGGUUGAGAAUGACAAGGAAGAGGACCAUUAUGGGGACUUGAUCUCUGACAGAGAAGAAGAAGGAGAGGCAGCUGAACAGAUGUUCCAUGAGGGAGUUACUUUUGAACAACUGGAUCCUUAUAGCCUUGUGAAGGGAAGCAAGUUUGUGAUCAAGAAAGCAUUAAAGAAGCAUUUGAGGGUCUAUUUUAUGAAGCAUAAACACCAGGUUAAUUUUAGUGAUUCAAACAACUAUAAGAUUAGGGUGAAGUGCAUUCAUCAUCAUAAGACCAAAUGUCCUAUGUUCAUUUAUGGAAGAGUUAUGAAGGGUGAAGGAAAUACAUUCACUCUAAUAAGUUGGAAUCUGAAGCACACAUGCAAUGAAGAUGUCAAAGGGGAGAACAGAUGUGCAAAUCCAUCAUUUGUAGCUGAUUGGUACAUGGAAAGGCUGGAGACUCUUGGCAAUAAAAAUAACAUCCCUGAUCCUGAGUCAUUGGCCAAUGAGUUCAACAAAACAAUGAAGGUGAACAUUAAGUACCAUACAGCCUGGAGAGCAAGAAAUAUUGUGUUGCAGAAGCUUUAUGGCAGCUAUGAGGAGCAGUACAAGAAAAUUCCUGCAUUCUGUGAAAUGGUGAAGGAAAAAAUGGCUGACAGUGUAGCUAGUUUCUCAUAUGAAACCACAGACAACACAUUCUUGUCAAUGACACUCUGCUUCAAGCCUGUUAUAGAAGGAUUCUUCGUUGGAUGUAGGAAAGUCAUUGGAUUGGAUGCUUUCCAUUUGUAUGGGAAGUAUGGUGGUGUGUUAAUGGCUGCAACAGGUCUAGAUGGUCAGAAUGGUUGA